CAUCCUGGGGAUGUACACGCUGAUGAGCAACAAGCAGUACUACGACGCGAUCUGCAGCGGGAACAUCACCAACACCGAGGGCAUCAACAGUGUGGUGAAGCCCGACACGUACAAGCCGGUGCCGGACGAGCCCCCGAACCCCACCAACGUGGAGGAGACGCUGCGGCAGAUCCAGGCCAACGACGCGGCCCUGGAGGACGUCAACCUCAACAACAUCAAGGACAUUCCGGUCACCACGCUGAAGGCCAUCUGCGAGGCCAUGAAGACCAACACCCACGUCAAGAAGCUCAGCCUGGUGGCCACCCGCAGCAACGACCCCGUGGCCAACGCGGUGGCCGAGAUGCUGACGGAGAACAAGACCCUGCAGAGCCUCAACAUCGAAUCCAACUUCAUCACCAGCGCCGGCAUGAUGGCCAUCAUCAAGGCCAUGUACCACAACUCCACCCUGGGCGAGCUCCGCGUGGACAACCAGGUGGGUGCCAGCCCCCCGCGG